AUGUCCCUUCGUUCAAUCCUAGCUCUCCUAACCACCUUUGCUUUCAUACAGCUGAGCAAAGCGUUAUUCUACACUGACAGUAAACAAAAUGAUUUCCCUAGAAUUGGUAAACGGCGACCUAUAUAUCGAUCUGAACCUUGGUCAGGAGACUCGUUGGUCACAGAGCCGAGAACGGAGAUGUCUUACGGUCCUUUUAAAGAGGAGGGUCAAUUGUUGGACCCUAUGUAUAAUAAGGAAGAAACAGACAUGCCAUACACCACUAGACUUGAAGACCAAAAACCAACUUCCAGUUUUCUAAACUCUGUGUACUAUCGAGUUCUCGGCCGAAAUGGCUUCCGUUACCUUUCCAACGACAGGGCGCAUGCGUCUCAGGAUCUCGAUGUACAAGGAUCGCGGAGAUACUACUAG